UGGUGCCCCCUGGUGGUCACAUCUCAGCAUUACCCCAUCGCGUUCUGGCUCAGUGCUGCCCCCUGGUGGUCGUGUCUCAACAUUACCCCAUUCGAUUACAACUCAGUGCUGCCCCCUGGUGGUCACAUCUCAGCAUUACCCCAUGGGGUUCUGGCUCAGUGCUGCCCCCUGGUGGUCACAGCUCAGCAUUACAACUCAGUGCUGCCCCCUGGUGGUCAUGGCUCAGCAUUACCCCAUUGGGUUCAGGCUCAGUGCUGCCCUCUGGUGGUCACAUCUCAGCAUUACCCCAUUGGGGUCAGGCUCAGUGCUGCCCCCUGGUGGUCGUGUCUCAACAUUACCCUAUUAUAUUACAACUCAGUGCUGCCCCCUGGUGGUCACAUCUCAGCAUUACCCCAUCGGGUUCAAGCUCAGUGCUGCCCCCUGGUGGUCACGGCUCAGCAUUACCGCAUUGGGUUCUGACUCAGUGCUGCCCCCUGGUGGUCACAUCUUAGCAUUACCCCAUUGGGUUCAGGCUCAGUGCUGCCCCCUGGUGGUCAUGUCUCAACACUACCCCAUUAGAUUACAACUCAGUGCUGCCCCCUGGUGGUCACGGCUCAGCAUUACCGCAUUGGGUUCUGACUCAGUGCUGCCCCCUGGUGGUCACAUCUCAGCGUUACCCCUUUGGGUUCUGACUCAGUGCUGCCCCCUGGUGGUCACGGCUCAGCAUUACCCCAUUGGGUUCAAGCUCNGUGCUGCCCCCUGGUGGUCAUGGCUCAGUAUUACCCCAUUGCGUUCUGGCUCAGUGCUGCCCCCUGGUGGUCACAGUCCAGUGCUGCCCCCUGGUGGUCACGGCUCAGCAUUACCCCAUUGUGUUCAGGCUCAGUGCUGCCCCCUGGUGGUCACGGCUCAGUGUUACCCCAUUGAGUUCUGGCUCAGUGCUGCCCCCUUGUGGUCGUGUCUCAACAUUACCCCAUUCAAUUACAACUCAGUGCUGCCCCCUGGUGGUCACAUCUCAGUAUUACCCCAUCGGGUUCUGGCUCAGUGCUGCCCCCUGGUGGUAAUAGCUCAGCUUUACCCCAUUGGGUUCUGGCUCAGUGGUGCCCCCUGGUGGUCACAUCUCAGCAUUACCCCAUCGCGUUCUGGCUCAGUGCUGCCCCCUGGUGGUCGUCCCCGCCCCCCAAAAACACGCCCAUUGGUUGCCAUCGUUUAUUGA